AUGUUGUCUAGCGCCUUCCGCGUUCCCCACGCUUCGCCCCACCGUCGCCCGCGCUUCCUCCCGCUGUCGCUCACACUUCACUCCGUCGUUGCCCACGCUACCCCUCCCGUCACCCACCUUCACCGUCGUCCACGUUUUCCCCCUGUCGCUUUUCUCCCACCCACCGUCGCCCUCGCUUCCCAUCUCAUCGCCCACGCUUCCUCCCACCGUCGCCCUCCCUCCCACCGUCGCCCUCGCUUCCUCCCACCGUCGCCCACGCUCCCUCCCACCGUCGCCCUCGUUUCCUCCCACCGUCGCCAUCGCUUCCUCCCACCGUCGCCCUCGCUUCCUCCCACCGUCGCCCUCGCUUCCUCCCACCGUCGCCCUCGCUUCCUCCCACCGUCGCCCUCGCUUCCUCCCACCGUCGCCCUCGCUUCCUCCCACCCUCCCCUACACUCCGCCGCCGUCAUCACUUCCCUGCCUAUCACGGUCAUCGUUGCUUCCCUUCCCCAUUGCCUCAUUAGCCCCAUGGCAGCACAGCACCUCUCUCUCGCACCAACCCCGCACACAUGGCAGGUGCGGCUGCAGCAUUGGAGCAGAGUGCUUGGCGCACAGCCGGGGCAGCACGUGCAGGCGGGCAGUGAGGAGCGCUGUGCUCAAGGGGGCGAGUGGAGGGGGGGAGGGGAGUUGGGGAGGGGGGGCAGGGGAGUUGGGGAGGGGGGGCAGGGGGCCCUUGUGCUCAUCCUCCCUUCCCCUCAUUCUCCCUUCAUCUCAUCCUCCCAUCCUUCUUUUCUUCCUUCCCCCCUCCCUUCCUCCCUUCCUCCCUUCCACUCUUCCACCCAACGUCGUCCUCUCCUACUCCCUUCCUCUCUUCCUCUCUUCCACCCUCUUCCCUACUCUCUGCUUCAGUGUCUUUCCCCCCUCUCUUUCCCCUUUCCUCCCUCCCUUCAUCCCAUCCUCUCUUCCACCCUUCCUCCUUGUCUCCCUUGCUCAUUUUCUCCCUCGGUGCAGUCCUUGUUCUCUGCAUCCCUCUCUGCCAUCCUCCCUUUCUCUCAGCCUCCUCACUUUCUCUCGUCAACCAUUCCUCUGCACCCUCCUACCCUGCCGCGCCUGUACACUCCUACCCUGUUUGCCAUGCAUCCACUUGUGAUGCCUUUGCUGUUCGAUGAUAGUGGUACCGUAUGA